AUGCUGUAUUCACCUGGCAUCCACACUCGCACUCUUACUUCUGCUUUAGAACAAUAUCCAUAUAUUGAUGGACAUCCAGAAGUGACUCAUCGUUUUCAAGCUCUUAUUAAUCAUGAGAGAACAUUUGAUUUACGAGAAAUGGCUUAUGCUAUCGAAGAAUUAUGGUUUAAUGAACAUGAUUCAGGUGGAUUUACUCAAUAUAAAAAUCCUGAAGCUUUUGAAAAGUUUGAUCCAAUUCAUCAUAUUGCUAAUUGUUCACAACGAAUGCUUGUUAUUCAAGGUGAACGAGAUUAUUGUGUUCCAGAUACACAAAGUAUUCGUGCAUUUACAGCUUUACAACGUCGAGGAAAUCCAAGUCGAAUGCUUUAUUUUCGAAAUGAAAAUGAUUGGAUAUUAAAUCCAUUUAAUGCACUUGUUUAG